UCCAUGUUUUGUUUGUUGUACACUACAUACUCCUAGGAGUGCACACAUGGCUCCUGUGCCGGAGGUUGCCGGUGUGGCACUGGCGGUGCCUAAGACCCCCCGCUCACUGUCAAGGCAUGCAGUCUUCCAUCGCUUUCCCACCAGCUUCUCCCGAACACCAGCAGCCAGCCCGGAAGCGUACAGACUGAUCCAAGUAUGGGUGCACAAGGAACGACGCCCAACUCUAGCCAAACUCUCUCCAUAGUCAGGCUCGAUGCAGCCACCGUCUGCCUAGCAGAGAAACGGCCCGCAUAUUUUCGCCUGGGCAUGGCCUUGGCCAAGUGUUCGGUAUUUGACG